AUGAAUGAUUUAGAAGGUAGUAAUGAUGUUAGGCUUGCUGCCACACGUACGUUGUAUAGUGCUCUUAGUUUUGCUCAAGCAAAUUUCUCUAAUGACAUGGAGAGAGAUUACAUUAUGAGAGUUGUUUGUGAGGCGAUAAUGUCACCAGAAGUUAAAAUCAGGCAGGCUGCUUAUAAGUUGAAAGAAGAUGAGGAGCAUGUUGCUUUACAAGCUAUCAAAUUUUGGAGCUCGAUUUUUGAUGAAGAGAUUGACAUUCUAGAAGAUUAUGGAGGCGACUUCACUUGUGAUUCUGAUAUCCCUUGUUUUUAUUUCAUCAAACAAGCUCUCCCUGCUCUUGUACCUAUGCUUUUAGAGACUUUGUUGAAACAAUAA